UUAAGAAAACAUGUGAAAGACCAGAAAGUUGAAGCAAGAUCCAAACAGGAUGAACUAGAUGAGGUCAAGGAAACACAUAGUGAUCUAGAAGAGGAUUUGAAACUCUUAACCAAUCAGAAGCAAGAGAUGUCAUCAGAAAUUACUGCCAUGCGAGACACAAUCAGAAACCUUCAAGCCCAAUGUGAUGAAAACCUCAGAGAGAAGGAUCGUAGCGAAUUACAGUUAGAGGAUGUCAAGAGACAAAUUGCAGAUUUACAACAAAGAAAUCUAGAGGGUAGAGAGACAUUGUCUAGAGUUUGUGAGGGAGCUCGCAAUGAGGAAACACGAAUUACAGAGACUGAGUUAACUAGGCUUGGGAAAACUCAGGAGAAAUACAUUCAGCUAGAAUCCAGAGUCAAGGAUCUGGAACAAGAAAUAGUUGAGAGGACCACUGAAAAGAACCAGUUAUCCGAGGCCUUGAACACGUCUUA